AUGGCUCACACCAAGCACACAGCCGUUGUCACAGAAAACCUGGACUUUCCUAAAUCCUCAGAAACGCCUGCUUUCAGGCAAGUGUGGGUCCCAACAAAGCAGCAGCUCAAACUCAGCUCCUGCAGCCUGAUGUUCCUUGGAGGAGGUUCAAGGGUCCCACUGCUCCGGUCGGAGCUGCACAGACCAGCACUGGCCCAGCAGGACAAAGUUUUGCUGAAGCAAAGCACCGAUGUUCAUAUGGUUAGUGAUAGUGAUGGAGAUGACUUCGAAGAUGCUACAGAAUUUGGGGUGGAUGAUGGAGAAGUAUUCGGCAUGGCGUCCUCUGCCCUGAGAAAAUCUCCAAUGAUGCCAGAAAACGCAGAAAAUGAAGGAGAUGCCUUAUUACAAUUUACAGCAGAGUUUUCUUCAAGAUAUGGUGACUGCCAUCCUGUAUUUUUUAUUGGCUCAUUAGAAGCUGCUUUUCAAGAGGCCUUCUAUGUGAGAGCCCGAGAUAGAAAGCUUCUUGCUAUCUACCUCCACCAUGAUGAAAGUGUUCUAACCAACGUGUUCUGCUCACAAAUGCUUUGUGCUGAAUCCAUUGUUUCUUAUCUGAGUCAAAAUUUUAUAACCUGGGCUUGGGAUUUGACAAAGGACACCAACAGAGCAAGAUUUCUGACAAUGUGCAAUAGACACUUUGGCAGUGUUGUUGCACAAACCAUUCGGACUCAAAAAACAGAUCAGUUUCCACUUUUUCUGAUCAUUAUGGGAAAGCGAUCAUCUAAUGAAGUGUUAAAUGUGAUACAAGGUAACACAACAGUGGAUGAGUUAAUGAUGAGGCUCAUGGCUGCAAUGGAGAUCUUCACGGCCCAACAACAGGAAGAUAUAAAGGAUGAGGAUGAACGUGAAGCCAGAGAAAAUGUGAAGAGAGAACAAGAUGAGGCCUAUCGCCUUUCACUUGAGGCUGAUAGAGCAAAGAGGGAAGCUCAUGAAAGAGAGUUGGCAGAACAGUUUCGCUUGGAGCAGAUUCGCAAAGAGCAAGAGGAGGAACGAGAGGCCAUUCGGCUUUCCUUAGAGCAAGCCCUGCCUCCAGAGCCAAAAGAAGAAAAUGCUGAGCCCGUGAGCAAACUGCGGAUCCGGACCCCCAGUGGCGAGUUCCUAGAGCGGCGUUUCCUGGCCAGCAAUAAGCUCCAGAUUGUCUUUGAUUUCGUAGCUUCCAAAGGAUUUCCAUGGGAUGAGUUCAAAUUACUGAGUACCUUUCCUAGGAGAGACGUAACUCAGCUGGACCCCAAUAAAUCAUUAUUGGAGGUAAAGUUGUUCCCUCAAGAAACCCUGUUCCUUGAAGCAAAAGAAUAAAAACAAGGCCCAGCGGUGGAUCCAGCCAUUUCUUGACAAGCCAGCAUCCUGCAUCAAGAGAAGGACUCCUGGCCUGGCCAUCCCACCCACAUGCUCGUCUCACUCAAUUCAGUGUCACACUUCUGCCUCUUGCAAGAUUGCUGGAAAAAAAAAAAAAAGUAAUAAUAAACAUAGCUACUUAAAAUUUCCCAUCCAUGAGUAUAUGUUCCCAACCCUCAUCACAGAGAAUUACAACUCCGCCACCCUCCCCUCCUCUCUGCACUUCACCUGCAUUCAAUGACUAAUGCACUGUUUAAGUAUGAGUGAUCAAUAGGUAGAACUUUUACCUUUCCAGUGCCCAUCUUUUCCCCACAGUGUCUAGGACAGUUCUGUCUGUACUAUGACUCCAGGAUGCUGUAUAUUUAAUGUUUCCUUGAGCCAGGGCUCAUACACUUCUGCCUUUUUAUUUUCUUGACUGGAUUUCUACUUUGUCAUGUAAUUUUAAGACGCAGUGGGAAAAAAGUCAAAUGGAACAUUGUCAGCACGGAGAUUAAACACUGUUGUAGGAAAAAA